UUAAAUGGAUGAUGCUUUGCUGAAACCUGCGAAGGUUAAAUGCUCGGUGAAAAUUGGUUCACCAUGGGUGUGGGAUGACGAAUGGCAGGACUAUGUUGAGAAGACGCCCGAUGUUACCGCUGUUGGAAGUCUCGUGGAAGUGAAGGAUCCAAAAGCGUUGCGAGCCAGGGAGUUCCGAGCAGACAUGGUGCAUGGUCCAGAUGCAACAAAUGAGGACAUCAUUAUGUGUGAUUUGGCGCCAUCUUUGGAAGCCAUCUUAAACGGUACGGACUCAAUCCUACUGGUUGCUGGUGUCACAGGUGGUGGCCAGGCCGACUUGAUGGAUGGAGCCGAGGGACUUGCUGCUGCAGCUGUUUGGCAACUGGCACAAGAACUUCACGAAAGACAGGCGAACCAUCGAACCAAUGGCGCGGUGGGGUACACCUAUCACAUGAGGCUGCAAGCUUUCCAGCUCAGUGGUGAUGCCAUUUUAGAUCUGCUCACUGACUCUCCUGAAGCAGCACGCCUGAUGGAGCGUUCCAUUGGUGUCGUUGCUGAAGGUGUUCGCACUGCAAGCGCCACAUCUGCUGACGAAUUCAUGAAGUAUGUUGAGGGUGCUCAGAGGCGCCGUGAUCCGGCCAACCGCCCACAAAGCAGCACUUUUUACAUCAUCGAGGUGACGCAGGCAGACUACUACGAGGGCUGGGGUCUACAUGGCCGUUUCGUCCUGGUGGAGUCUGCGGUGAUGGACUGUUUGUCCGAGGACAAAGGUCUGGUCGCUGUGCGGGAAGGCUACGAUCGCUACCGUGGAGUUUACCAUCUUCGUAGUUUGGCAAAGUCAUGGAGUGCCUCCCCCGACAGUGAAGUUGGAGUCAAUGGCUCAUCAUUGACGUGGCUGCUGCGUGAAGUCUUCACUGGUGGCAGCGUGGAGGCACAUGUGCUCUUCUGCUUGGGACAAGGGAAGCCUCCAGUGAGUAUUGCCCUCAUGGAGCUGAUGGAGGACUUUGGGAAAGUCCAAACAAAUCCGGUAACGCAGGAUCAUCGUGUUGCUGGCUGGGCCAGAGCAAUGCGAGCUGAACGCAUCUCUCUGAAACAGGCAGCAGACAGAGGAGGCAGUGCUGUCGACAAAGAUACUCGCAGCCUAAUUCUGGAAUUGGAGAAGCGCCUUGCAACAGCCGAAAGGGCCAAAGAAGAGGCACAAAGAGUUGCCGAUGCCCGUUCAGAAAGGGCGCAUACAUUUCAGGACAAGUACGUCAAUGCUCUUGAAAACCAGGAGUCAAUGAACGAGAGACUGAUUGAAACGGAGGAAGAGCAUUUGAAAGCCAUGCAAGCUUUGGUGGAAGCGCAAAUGGAAGCUUCGGAGAUUAAGGAUGAAUGCAGUGAGAUGCAGUACACAGACAACGUGCUCUUAAUGAUGUUAGAGCAAGAAGUUGCAGAGCUGAAGGAAUCAUCAAAUCGCCAGAUGGGAGCUUUGAGUGGAAAGCAGGCAAAGCAUUUACAAGAAGCAGAAACCACAGUGCAGGACCUGCGUGCUCGCAAUGAUGCACUCUCAGAAGCAAAGCUACAAGCAGAAAUUCAGAAGGAAGUCGAACGAGGUGAUCUAGAAAAUCGCAUCUACGAACUGCAGCUGCAAUUGCGCGAGGGCCGACUUGGCGAGUCUGUUCAACAUGUGGAGGAGAAACGCAAGAUAGAAGAGGGCAUGAAAGAGGAGAUGGAGAGGAUGAGGCAAGUACUGGAGGAUGAGCGUAGCCGCGCAAGGCAAGUGAUAGACGAUGGUGAAUACACCGUCCGGCGUCAAGUUCAAAAGGAGAAGGAGCAGAUUCAGAUCGAGCUGGCUGAGGAGAGGCGAAAGAUGGACGAGGAGAAACGGAAAAUGGAAGAGGGCAUGAAGGAAGAGAUGGAGCAAGCGAGGAAAGCCUUGGACGAUGAGCGAAGCCGUGCAAGACAAGUCAUGGACGAUGGCGAAGUCACAGUGCAGCGUCAGAUUGAAGACCAAAGACGUCAGAUUCAACAAGAGAAGGAACAAGUAAGACUUGAGCUGGCAGAGGAGCGGCAGCAGUUAGAGGCAGCCAGAGAACGACAUCAAAACGAGGUCAGCGCAUCUGUGGAAGCGAAAAGGAUUCAAGACCGCUUGCUGGAGGAGGUUCAAUCCUUGAAACAUGCGUCGCCCUUCUCUCCGGGCGCAGCAAGUGCAGCUGCAAAUGCAGACCUGGUUGAGCAGAAUCGGGCUUUGCAGGCUCGGGUUGCAUUCCUGGAGCAAAAGAGUCCACCUGACAAGAGGGCACAGGCACAGCGACUUGCCUUUCUUGAGAAAAGCAUUCGCAAUCUCGAGGCAGAGAGGUCUGAACUCCUGGUUCGUGCAACUGUAGCAGAAGAGCAGCUGAAGCAGUUGCAGAAGCAUUUGAAGGAGAUGACUGAAGACUACCAGAUGCAGAUCUUGAACCUCAAGCUGAAAUCCAAGGGCGGAUGAUAUCGGAGGAUGUAAGUUCUGCAAGGCUGCAUGCCUUGGAAUUCCAGGGAGUCAACAAG